AUUUAUUUAUACAAAAUUUUACACAUUUUUACUUUUGUAGUAUACGUAAAAGAAAUAAAAAAACCGUUAAACGAUCACACAACACGUUCAAUUUCUUAAGGGCUGAAGAGGGCUCUGCUGUAGUCCUUUGCCUAGUUCAAAUUUGUUUUUGUGGUCUUUGUCCUGUUUGGACAGUGAAAUGUGUGCACAGAAGAGACGCAGAACAGAAGCAUGAAACGGCAACGGUAUUUCCUCAGUAGCAGGAAAAUAUGGGUUUUACGGGUGAUAGUAAUAGGAAAUCUGUUGGUCCACUUAACGGGCUCGAUUGUGGCACAGGCUGUCAAUCAGAAAGACCUAAUUGUUGAGGAAGAUUUUGCAGAAGAGUUAUUAAAAGACUUACCGGAAGAUUUAGGAGAAGUGCCACCUGAAGCUGUUGAAGAAGAUGACUUAGCCGAUAAACAGAUGCCAAGCAAUAGAGGUGAACACAGCCGAUCAAGCGAUACAUUUAAAGUGGAUGAAUGGCGUGAGGGUUUCGAGGGCAUGGGCACUGUUCAUGAGCAGAUGGGAGUAAGUCAUUGGCCCGAAGUCCAGUACACGAAGUAUGAGUACAAGACUAAGUUCCAUGGACAGACUAUACAUCCGAAAAUGGGUAUGGAACCCAUAUUCAACUUUACGCAUUAUAUAUUUCAAAAUACGUUAACUGAUCCGCCCUAUAUACCCGAUGGUUAUGUGGUAACCAAUAACAGGGAUAUCCUAAUGUUAGGUCAGAAAUCGGAGAUGAACGACUGGCGUGAUUUGCUGUGGAGAUAUUUUCUUUACCUUUUCUGGGUUGCCUUUCUGCUAACCUUAAUUAUAAUCAUUCCAUUCAUUGGUGUCUGCUACUGUUGCUUUUGUUGCUGUCGACGUUGUUCCAAGGGCUGUCCGCCCUGUACGAGAAGUCGCGAGACUCGCCUGCGAUAUGUUUAUGGAUUGCUGCUUUUCAUACUGAUCGUUCCACUUAUAGUCUGCACAGUUGUUGCGUUCUUGACCAAUAAAAUGAUCGAUCGAGGCAUGAAAGAAUCGACUUAUACAAUGCGUAGAAGCUCAGAGGAUAUCUGUAGGUAUCAGGAGGAUGUCCGAAAACAUAUUUACCAUCUAUUUGCCAACAAUUACGAAGAGCUCAUGAACCAUCUGAAUUACCUGCUUACCAAUGCGCAUGAUCACAUAUUUUUGGAUAUGUCCGAUAGCUCUGAUGCCAGUGGUCUUCAAGAACUGAAGCGUAUAAUGGAUAAUAUGGUGUCUGCUAGGGUACUUAUGACGAAUGUGAACGUCAUGGAGAAAGAAAUGCGCUACCUUAUCUCUCAGCUAAGAGAUGGAGUUCGUGGCGUUAAGCGUGAAAUUACUUACAGCUGCCAUAUGUCCGCGCAUCCGAGAUGCCAAGACUUUCUGAAAAGUUCAUCGAUUGAGUUCAUAGAUACUACUCGAUGCAUACACAUCGAUCAGUUGCCCAACUCGACUGUUUAUCUUACUGGAAUGAACUAUAUAAUUGAUAAAAGGUACACGGACAUACCAAAUAAUGCGAUAUUGCGACUGCAGGCAGUCAAAGACGCUGUAUCAAAGGAACUGAAAAGGGCGGCGCCUCCCAUAAAACUCAAUUUACAAAGGGGACGUGACGUGUUUCUCUAUAAGGCGAAUGUUAUUCGCGGCAAAAUUGAUACCGUUCUCAACGACUUGUAUUUUUCCUCGUUACGUUCCUCUGAAUCCUUUGAGAAUCUCUAUGAGAAAUAUGCCAACGAUCGAUCAGCUGUUAAUCUUAUAGUCUGCAUAAUAUUGGCCUUGAUAUCUGUGAUUCUUAUCAGUGGUCUGAUAUGCGGCUGUGCUGCGAGUAAGCAAGCGGGCGCCGUCAUUUUGUUAUUUGCACUUAUCGUCAUAUUCUGCGCACUGUCGUUCAUCAUUCUUGUUGGUCUUUUCUAUUUUAUAAUGGGAUUAUUUAUCUAUGGCGGGGCAUGUGAACCAUCUGGACACUUGCGUAAACUGGACACUCUAAUAAGUGUAGGCCAUGGGAACAAUGCGUCAACGGAUAUGCAAAUACAGCAAGCUACGAUGGCCCUUCAAGGCUGUGGCCUAAACAAAAAUGUCUUUAAUAUACUCCAUGAUAAUUCUAUAUAUGAUGUAACUGAAUUAGCGCAGAUUGAACUUUUCGACGAUAAAGACUUUUUCAUAGGAUUAAUGUACGACGACUUUUCAGAAAUAAAAUUGAUGCUUGAGGAAGAGAAACUGAGAUUAACUGAGAUUAUAAAUGGAAGUCUAUCAACGUAUCGAAGUCAACUUUAUACGCAGAAUAUAUGCGCGGGUUUAACGCCUCGGCCCCUGACGUGGUAUUCUGAGGAAUUGAGGUCGAUAGUUACCGAUCUCUAUUCUGGCUACUACUCGGGUCAUUGGAAUGUACGGGUCGCACUCAAUAAUGCGGCCAUGAGUCUCGAUGUCUAUCACAAUCAAUUCGUAAUACCAAUUCAAAAACUACAAGAGUCAAUGAGAAGAACGUUAAAUAGAAUCGAUAGUUUGAUCUUGUAUAAUAAUAAUAAUUUUGGCUUUAGCAUUAAGGUGCUGCUCCAAUAUGUGGUCAAUGCAGAGAAGUUUAUACAAUCGAAAGGAAAGUAUUUCGUUCGUGAGCUUGUGCGUAAUCUGACGAUGUUUUGUGCUGAACAGACGGACGAAUAUAUCGAAAUGCUCAUAGUCAAAUGUAAUAAAGAAGUCGGGCCGUGUGAACCAUUGGCUAAGGCCUAUCAAAGUAGUGUUCAUUUGGUCUGCGAAAAUCUGGUCGAUCCAAUUAAUGGCUUUUGGCUUGGCGUCUUGUGCUUUGCUCUGGUCCUUCUACCUCUAUUGUUUGUCCUACAUCGCCUAAUGUGCCUGUACAGAAUAUAUUCCCCUGCCCCUGCUGGUUUAGUUGGAACUUGUCCAGUUUGCAUAAGUCGUACCCCGGGCGGGUAUGACGACAAUGCCCGGAUAACUCUGCCCGAUAACCCGCAGCUAGGACACUAUAAACGAAAGAAGAAGGACUAGUUGUGUCUAAAACUCUAAGUAUUCCAACUGAGCGCCAUGGUUUCGUUCAUAUUUGAACUUAGAACGAACACCAGCACAAAUCGAAUUAUCGCAGCAUCGAUAUUACUCUGCUAUCGAUAUGCAAUUGUAACCAGAGAACUUGGUUGUCAAGCAAAAGGAAUAAUUUCCGCUAUGAAGGCUUAAAUGCGUCAGUCUAUCUAUUUAAAAUCAACCGGUUAACAAUAACUCAAAUG